AAGGUCGCCACUCGCGAGGGAUACAUGGAAGAGAACGAGGGCUCCAGUACAAGUGAAGGGAGGACGAGAAAGGGGGUAUUUACCAUACCAUCUGUGUCUGAGAUAAAGAAAGCCAGUAAAGUCUCUGUCGUCACUUCGGCUCCAACUCUUUUCAAAACAGUAGCCGCCCAUACCACUGUUGUACCACCACCUACCACUACCACCACUGCUGAAGCUUUGCACGAACUAAACAGACCAAAGUCUGACCAACCGCUCAAUGUCACUGACAAUGAGCUAGCAAAUAUGAGGGACAGAGAUCAAAACGCUGGCUCAAUUCAGAGUCGGAAGAGAGCGAGAGAGGAUCCGGAACAUUCCGUAGGGGUUCCACCGAAAGUAGCUGCUGGUGCUGAUAAUGAGAGGGUUCUACCCCAACUUGGGAGCAAUCUACAAGGACCAUCAAUACUUCCUACUGUUGGUGGUAGUACUGCAAUGGGCAGUGACAGUAGAAAGUUGUUUAGUGGAGCAGCCAGUGAUGGUGCAGCCUCAGCUUCGACCUCCACAUCUCUAGCCUCAGUCCAUCAUCCCCAUGCCAUCAUAGCCAAUCCCGUCCAGAAGAAGAAUCCGGUGAUGAAGCACAUCCGGAACAUUCCGUGGGAACUGGGAAACAUUGUACCCGACUUUGUACUCGGUAGAACAACCUGCGCCAUGUUCCUAAGUGUUCGAUAUCACUCUCUGCAUCCCAACUACAUCCACACUCGUCUGAAGGAGCUGGGCAAACAGUAUCAGCUGAGGAUCCUCCUCGUUCUAGUGGACAUGAAAGAGUGUCAGAAGGUGCUUCAGGAUUUGGCAAAGAUUGCAGUUCUAGCUGACCUGACUCUCAUGCUGGCAUGGAGUUAUGAGGAGGCUGGGCGGUACCUGGAGACCUACAAAUCUUUUGAGAACAAGCCCCCAGACAUACUCAUGGAGAGGAUUGACAGUGACUUCUUCUCUAGAGCAACAGAGUGUCUGACAACGGUAAAGAAGGUGAACAAAACUGAUGCAGCCACUCUCCUCAGCAAUUUUAAGACUAUGGAGAAGGUAAUUACUGCCUCAAAAGAAGACCUGGUUCUCUGCCCUGGUCUGGGACCUCAGAAGGCUCACAGAUUGCAUUCCCUGUUCCACCAACCAUUCAAGACGAAAGAUCUGGACACAAAAUGACUAUAGAGUAUCUGCUAUUUUUAGUACAUAACAAACUUGAAGUGGGUGGGGUGUUCUAUUUAUAGCUUGCGCUGUAAAUGCAUGCGUGUGGGAGGAGCUGGUAUGAAUGUAUAGGGGGGUGUGUGCUCCACUUUAUUUAUGCGAGCUAGAGAUUGUCUGCCGCGGAGCAAGAAGCUGGAUUUUUCGCGAUCAAGUCACGGUCCAGAGCAUCAGUAAAGUCAUAAUGGGAAGCUGCAGCAAAUGCUGCAAGGUUUGCUGCUACAGCACUCCAUUUGGAACCAUCUCUGCACUGAGCGUGACUGUAGUAGGUCUGGUGGGCUUUCUCUCCUCCUCUAUAUACGGUGUAGUAAUGGUGGAUGCCAGUGAAGACUUGCAGAACCAUACAGUAAUACUAGCUCCACUGGUAGGAGGUGUGGCAGGCAGCACAAUCCUACCUCUACUCCUGGCAACUCUACUAGCCUACUGCUCCACUGGAUACGUCCGCGAUGAGCUCUACCAUCCACUUGUCAAGGCCUGCGUCGGGAGCUUCUGCAGCUCACUGGUUAGUCCCUCUGCUCCUGUCACAUAAUUGCUGUAGUUAUGCGGUACAUUGGGUGGGCACGAAUCGCUGCAUUUCGCAGUAACUUUAGCACAAAGUAUGGUGCAUAGAACAAAUUCCAACACAAAGGCAAGAAUGGUGUUCUCUCAUGUAGCACUUGCUUUUCAUCUGCAAGUCAUCCUUGUUUGUCCUCUCCACUCUGGCUAAUAGUGAAAAUAGUUCAGCAGUCGCACACUGUUUUUCCUGUUGGUUUAGCUCACGGUAUUACACUCGUAUUUACUGCAAUACUUUACACACGCUAUUAUUGAGACACUGAGAAAAUGUGUUUCCUUGGGUCAACACUUGUGUCUGCAGGUGAUUGUGUUGACGUUCUUCUACCUGGUUCUGUGGCUAUGUUUCACCGUCCUCUAUACUAUGAUCACGACGGUCUACGUGCAACUGAGUCUCGGCUGCAGGGAGUACGAUGACAGGAGGAACCUUGGAAAAACAUGCACUCGACUCUAUGAAGCCACUGAUGAUGUGUACAUUCAGUCGUGUGGAAAGAUGGACUCUAUAUGCUCUGAUGGUCAGAAGGUGGGACUCUCACUCUCCAUAUCACUCGCAUUUGCACUGCUGGUGGUGAUCGGUCUGGUAAGCCAUGCAGCAUUCAGCUGUUUUUGGUCAUUGUUUUUCCUGAAAAUUCAGUGCCUCAACUAUGGGAAAGAAUAGCUCUGGUUCUCAUAGUGCAGUCCGCCAACUUCAUUCGAGUCAGGGAGUGUGAGAAGAGGAGCUAUAGACCAAAGGGAGACUACUAGCUAGCCUGUGUGGAUUGAUUAUGUUCUCCCUUCUCAUACCCUGUGUAACCCACCAGUUCAAAACUUCACAAACACCUAUAUAUUCACUUAUGACUUGUGCUUCACUUGUCUUGCAUACGUACG